CUUGCGCAGGCUCCGAACAUGCGCAGUGCAGAGACCGAGGCGCCAGCUGUCGACUCGGCGGUCCGCGAAAGGAGCGCAUGCGUGAGUGUACGCGUUGCCGGCGAGAGGGGAGCCUGACGACUCGGAAAUUUGAAUACCACAGUAGCAUGGAGUGUGACCUCAUGGAGACUGACAUCUUGGAGUCGUUGGAAGAUCUAGGUUACAAGGGCCCAUUGUUGGAUGAUGGUGCGCUGUUGCAGGCAGUUUCUGCAGGAGCUACUUCCCCCGAGUUCACCAAACUCUGUGCUUGGCUGGUGUCUGAAUUAAGAGUAUUCUGUAAACUAGAAGAAAAUGUGCAAGCAACUAACAGUCCAAGCGAAGCAGAAGAAUUCCAGCUAGAGGUGAGUGGGCUCCUAGGGGAGAUGAAUUGCCCGUACCAGUCACUGACAUCUGGGGAUGUGACCAAGCGCCUUCUUGUUCAGAAGAACUGCCUCCUUUUGCUCACAUACCUCAUCUCAGAACUAGAAGCUGCCAGAAUGCUCUGUGUGAAUGCUCCUCCAAAAAAACCUCAAGAAGGAGGCGGUAGUGAGGUCUUUCAAGAGUUGAAAGGCAUAUGUAUUGCUCUAGGAAUGUCCAAACCUCCAGCCAAUAUAACUAUGUUCCAAUUCUUCAGCGGGAUUGAAAAAAAAUUAAAGGAAACAUUAGCAAAAGUUCCACCCAAUCAUGUGGGAAAGCCAUUACUGAAGAAGCCAAUGGGACCAGCCCACUGGGAAAAGAUAGAAGCAAUUAACCAAGCCAUUGCCAAUGAAUAUGAAGUCCGGAGAAAACUGCUGAUAAAACGUUUGGAUGUCACUGUGCAAUCCUUUGGCUGGUCUGACAGAGCUAAGAGUCAGACAGAAAAAUUAGCUAAGGUUUACCAGCCAAAGCGUUCAGUCUUAUCUCCUAAAAGUACUGUUUCUGUUGCCCAUCUUUUGGCUGCCAGACAAGAUCUGUCAAAGAUUUUGAGGACAAGCAGUGGUUCUAUAAGAGAAAAGACUGCCUGUGCCAUCAAUAAGGUAUUGAUGGGCAGGGUGCCUGACAGAGGUGGUAGACCCAACGAAAUUGAACCUCCACCCCCAGAGAUGCCACCAUGGCAGAAAAGGCAAGAUGGCCCCCAGCAGCAAGCAGGAGGCCGAGGAGGAGGGAGAGGCGGUUAUGAACAUUCGUCAUAUGGAGGACGAGGAGGCCAUGAACAAGGAGGGAGAGGUGGACGUGGUGGCUAUGACCAUGGUGGCCGAGGGGGAGGAAGAGGAAAUAAACACCAAGGAGGCUGGACAGAUGGAGGGAGUGGAGGUGGAGGUGGCUACCAAGAUGGCGGUUAUCGAGAUUCAGGUUUCCAGCCAGGCUAUCAUGGUGGCCACAGCAGUGGCUAUCAAGGUGGUGGCUAUGGUGGUUUCCAGACAACUUCAUAUACAGGAAGUGGAUAUCAGGGUGGUGGAUACCAGCAGGACAAUAGAUACCAGGAUGGUGGGCACCAUGGCGAUCGAGGCGGUGGGCGUGGGGGGAGAGGUGGGCGUGGAGGCCGGGGUGGACGUGGAGGCCAGGGAGGAGGCUGGGGAGGACGAGGGAGCCAGACUUACCACCAAGGGGGCCAGUUUGAACAGCACUUCCAACAUGGUGGCUACCAGUACAGUCAUUCUGGAUUUGGACAGGGAAGACAUUAUACUAGUUGAGGCUACAGAAACUUAGAUUUUGCUAGAGCUCAAAUAAUAGAAACUUAGUUUUGGAAUCCUAAUCAAACAUCUUUUUGAAUUAAUGUAAGACCACAGGUAGCAGGCAGAUUCCUGCUUGGUAUAAGCAAAUGUAGGUCUUCCGUUCAACUCAGUUUUUUUAGUAUUAUUAUUAUUAUUAAACAGUUUUACAUAACACUGUUUAUUUAAGAAACACAUCUCUCCUUUCUAUGAAAAACAGAUUUUUAAAGGUAAGUAAAAUUGCCUUUAAUUGACCAGUAGACUAAUUCCACAAGUUAGAACAUACAUGCUUUUUGGAAGAAAUUACUUGAAUAAAAUAGUUUUCCUGUUUUCAAUAUGCAGUUUUGAAAAUGAGGAUUUGCCUAGACUUUUUUUAUAUUUACUGCUAGGAAACUUUCCUCAUUAACAGCCCACGAAUGUGUGUUUUGCAUAAAAUAUCUUCUAACGUCUAUUUUCCGAGCACAGUUCUGCCCUGAUUGGGAUUUAAUUCAGAGGUUGUACCACGUUCGCUUCAUGGCAGACGUGCGGUCAGUUCUAUUAAAUGAGCUCUUCUGCAGAUAGCAAGUUCAGUAGCCUUACCGUUGAUGGAACAUUGUACCACCAUACGUUCCAGUCCAAAAACACGGCCAAAAUCCAUAAAGACAAAAAGCAAACUAAGUUGUGAACCUAUAGUCCAAGUAGGCAUUUAGUUAAGUAUAGCAACUCAACUGACCUGCAUCCAUCCAAGACAAAAUUCCUCCUUCAACCUUAUUUUUACUUGAAAUUUGCAAGAAGAAACUGCAAACAGGAAUUUGUUUUAUGCACGAGUUGAUCCCACUGGCUCAGCAAAUGCAAGUUAGUUUGCUUUAGGCAAGAGACCUUUUUGUAACAGAAGUGCACUAACAGAGUCAGAUGAGUUCUGCUUGGUGCAGGAGGCCCUUUCUUAUUGCUGCAGAGAACAGAUGCCUGGCUGAGUCGAUGUUUCACAGUCUCCUUUACUGAAAUCUGUGCGACAUGAUGCUUCUUGCUGGGUUUUGUACAUGUAAACAUUGUCAAGCUGUGAAAGAAACCGGCUGAGGUGUGUUUUGUGUGAAAGGUGAGCAAUAAAGCACCCGUACGUUCUCUCC